AUGGUCGCCUCGGAGCUCAUCGCCGUCUUCACCUGCACUAUUUCGCUCAUCACUCACGAUAACGACAUGAAUAUGGUACUGUCCAGUUUCUCAUACUACGGCGAAACUAUAUUCCCAGUUUACACCAGUAUAGAGCAGUACAUGGCUGUCAUCUACCCUGUGACGUACUUGAGUCUAAAACAAGGGAAAGGACUUUGGAUACCCCUGGGAGUUGACUGGCUCCCAGGCAUGAUCCUCUCGUCCUCACUGUGCUGGCCCAUGUGCCCCCCUGCGAGUCGGUCAAAUGCCCUGUAA